GAGUCAUCUGACUUAGUUAUAUCGAAAUCUUAUUGGGAAAUACGGAUCUCCGAAAAAGCAAGAUUAGGCUAAAUCUGCUUUCCUUUGUGAUCCACCACAAAAUCUUCCAGAGGAUUCGUACUAUGUUGCAGAUAGUUUUGCAUACUCUAGUGUUAUAAAUGUCACAUGCAGAGUUGGUCUUUGGUUUUCUCCUUCUGUUUAUUCCAUGUCCAUAACUUGCAUGCUUGAUGGAACAUGGCAUCCAGAUCCAUCUACAUUCUACUGCCAUGAUGUUUACUGUGAAGAACCUGAAAGCGUUGAAAAUGCUCAGAUCCUUGGCUAUAAUUAUGUUUAUUAUAGAGUUAUCAAAGUUGAUUGUGCUCCGUCUCAUUUGAUUUCAUCUGAAAAUUUCUAUGACAACUUUGCCACCCAAACAGAACUCACAACAAUUUCAAUACAGUGUGGAGCUGAUGGUAAUUGGAUACCUGAUCCUAAAACAUUAUCUUGUACAGUUAUAAACUGUUCUCAUCCGAUUUUGCCUCGCAAUGCAUCGAUAACACAAACUUACAUUGAUACACUAUAUGGUGCUGAACUCACCAUAGAAUGUGAUGAAGGAUUUUUCAUUACUGAACGUAUUCUAUCUGCAAAUAUCAAAUGCUCUAUCAAUGGUAAAUGGGUGCCUGAUCCAGAGAUGUUUGCCUGCAGACCUGUUACAUGUGGUUUUGUGAAGCAACCGGCGAACAGUUUGGUAUUCGGAAAUUCCACCUCCUAUGGUGCGAAAGUUGCUUUCCAUUGUCUGAAGGGAUUUCGUGUGCCAUCAUCAGACAAUGAACAAGAAAUAAGAAACUCACAGUUUUUGGAAUGCUCCAAAGAUGGAACUUGGACCAAUGCUAAAGCUAUGAGGGAUUGUGAACGAAUAACAUGUGAUGAUCCUGGAUAUUUGCCUGCAUCUACAAAGCAUCCCUCAACAUCUAAUUCUGUGUAUGAUUACAAAUCAGUUGUUGAAUAUACUUGUAGAUCAGGAUCUUGGUUUCAUCGUGGGCACACUCGGAUUAGGAUAACAUGUAGUGAUGAUAGUCAGUGGUUUCCUGGGAUUGCUGAAACCUUGCCGCCAUGUGUUGAUGUGACAUGUUUACAACCACCGAUGCUUCCUAAUGCUGAUGCGUCACCAUCAUUUGAUGAUAAAGAUAUGUAUUCUGUAUCAGAGACAACAGUUUACCUGUGCCAAGAUAGAUAUAAAUUCUCAAAGCCUCCAUCACAUGGAUCUUAUAUUUCAAUUACUUGCCAGCAUGAUGGUUACUGGUCAAAACUGCCUACUGAAACACAGUGUGAAGAAAUUGAUUGUGGAUUUCCUCCGAAAAUUGAAUUCAUGAAUUAUGUUGCUGACAAGACCACCAUUGGUAAUAGUGUGAUGUAUUCUUGUAUCGAAGGAUAUAAACUCAGUCAAUCUGUAAUAUCUUUAAAUGGAACUCAUUUUGGAGCAGUAUGUUCAUCGAAUGGAAAAUGGACUCCUGAUCCUGAUGAUUAUGCUUGUCAAGUUGUGAAGUGUCCUCCACCUUUGCAUUCUAUUCCAAAUGGAGUAAGACAUGGAGAUGUUUAUGAAUAUGGAUAUUCUGUUACUUAUACUUGUGAUGCUGGAUUUACAUUUCGCGAUCCAAAUAAUUAUCAAAAUACUAUCAAGUCAACUACAGUCUCAUGCAUGGAUACUGGAGAAUGGGAUAAAUAUAUUCCUAACCUCAAAUGUGCAACUCUUUUUUGUGACCAACCUUACGCUCCAAAGAACUCAUCAUUAUCUGAAUCGACCUUUGAGUUUGGUUCUAAAGUGAAAAUUACAUGUUUUCCUGGAUAUUUCAUGAACCAGCAUAAUAAAUCGGGAAUAAAUGAAGAGAUUAUUCAAUGCACAAAAGACCAAACAUGGCAACCUAACCCAUAUAAACUGGACUGUUCACCUUUUGACUGUGGCAUUCCCGAGUCCAUCGAAAAUUCUGAGCAAUCAUAUUUAUAUACAAAAAUAGGAAGUUCAGCACAAUAUCAAUGCGAACAUGGAUAUGUAGUUGAUUUGGGAAAUGGUGGUUUUAUAGUAAAGUGGCCUCCUGUUACUACUUUUGUUUCAAAAUGUACUAUUCAACUUGCAUGGACGCCACAUCCGAGUACAAUAAAAUGUGAAAGAGUGCAAUGUUCGGUUCCGAUACCCCCUGCAAGAGGUUAUAUUUCUGGUGGCCACUGGACCAACAGAGAGCGCAAUUUCUUUUUCGAAGAUGAAUCUACAGUAACAUGUGCUCAUGGCUAUGUUUUAGAAGGAAUGGAUUCACUUGAAGACAAAUCAAAAUGUUUGGUGAAUGGAAAAUGGUCCAAUAAUUUAACAAUGCAUACUUGUGUGGAUGUUAUUUGUCCCAAACCCCCAGAACAUCCUGGCACAAUAAGAUUUUGGAAUGGUUUAACUAAUUAUCGAGAUAAAGUUACCUAUGAAUGUAGAGAGGGAUACUUUAUAAAACCUGGUAAAUCAUCUAUCACAUCCCAAUGUUCUUAUGACACAACAUGGAAGCCUUCACCGACUUUCAAAUGUAUUGAAAUUCAAUGUGCUAAUCCAGGAAUUUUACCAAAUUCUGUAAGAAUUGAUUUAUCAGGAGAUGGUAAUUAUUCUCAAAAUUCACAAAUUGAGUAUCGAUGUCUGCCAGGAUAUUUCAUUGCGAAAGAACAAGAUGCAAAAGGGGCCUGGAUAACAAAUUUGAGUCCUGGAAUUGAUAAAACAUCCAGUUCUAUUAAACUAACAUGUACAAAUGAGGGAAAAUGGAAACCACUCCCUGUUAAUGUACAUUGCUCCGAACCAAAUACUGGAACAAAUUUAAAAGAUUUUUUUGAAGCAAUAAAUGAAUAUCCAAGUACAUUAGAAAGAACUGGUCGAUUGAAUCAUCAACUUACAUCUCGUGGGUCAUUCUAUGAGAUUCCUGUCAAGUCAUCAUCUAAAGCUGAAUCAGUUGUUGGAUCACAUUGUGGAGAUGAUGAGGUCAUUCUCAUUGAAAAUCAUGGCCAAUGGUUACAACCAUCAUCAAAAGAUGAUGUGAACACCAAAUUACAUCCAAUUGUCAUGGAGGAAACUGGUGAAACUCAUGAUCUGUGGAAUAUUUUUGACAAUGAUCUUGACACAUACUGGAUGCCUAUUGAACAACCAGAAAUGGAAUAUCAUUAUUACUAUUGGAAAGGAUGGGUCGUUGAUUGGGAUUUACAACAUGAAUAUGUUAUUGCCAGCAUUCAACUUCAUACUUCUGAUAAUUUUGCUAAUGAUGUUAAGAUGUUCAAUGUUCAUUUUUCACUUAAUGGAGAAGUUUGGUCAAGUGUUGGACCAUUUCAUGCUUUCAUUCGGUCACAUAGAGCAGAAUUUUUCUAUGGUUUUCAACCAGUUCAAGCAAGAUACAUCAGGCUGAAUAUCACUGUAACUGCAUUGAUGAGGUCGCCUAUAGUGACAAAGUUUGGGGUUUUUGGAUCUGAAAUUGAUUGUGUUUUGGAUAGCACCAAGACUACUGAUACUAUGAUCAUUCCUGCCUUCUUUGCUGUUCUGCACUUGUUGCUAUUUUUUACUUUCUUUCAAGCAUAUAAAUCAGAUGUCAAAGAUAGAUGGAAGAGAUAUAUAUUGUUGGUUCCUGGGGGAAAUUGUGAUAGUUUGAAACUAAGAACAUUCCAACUCAGUAUCACAACAUCAUGGAAAAAGAGAAAUCACGAUGUAGAUUUGUUGCUGCGUAUCGUUGAUUCUAAAGAAGACAGCAUAUCACCUAUUAUAUGGAUACGACAUUCAUAUGACGGUUUACUCAGGACUGGUUUCACAGACACAUUAGCCAUUAACAUUCCAGUUGAUAUUAAUCUUGUUGAGAAGAUAGAUGUUGUAUGCAUCUACAAACAGUCAAAUAUCAAUAAAUCAUCAUCUCAAUUUCCAAUUCCUAGUGGACAUGCUUCUGAAAACUUGUCCAAAAUUCUAUCAGAGCUAUCGAUGACAGCAAGUGAAUCACCAAUGGACAAAGCUCCAUCAAUUCACUAUGAUUAUAUUCCGGGGACACUAAGACAAAUCAGUAAUAUAUUCUUAUCUGGUUUUGAUUCAGAAAAUCAUGUUAUAAGCAUCAAUAAAUUAGUUUUGAUGGAUCCCGUUAACAGAAUAAAAAAAGAGUGGAGUAGUGUCACUUCGGGGUCAUGUAAUAAGCAAGCAGGAAAAUAUUUCAGACAUGGUGAACCUGUAACCUUUGAACUUAUUGAUACCUCAUCAAAAUACCUUAGGCCAGAGAGUGGUAUCCAAAAAAUGUUAUCUGUGAUUCUGCAAGAGUAUCCACUUGCAUGGCUAUUCUAUUGUGGCCAACAAGUUCAUCCAGUGGUGACAAACCUAACACGAAUGGAGAGAUUGUGCUUUGUUAUUCUUGCUGUGUUUCUAAGUUUCCUAGUAGAAGCACUUCAACAUGGUCUUUCUGAUUCUACAUUAUAUUUUGCUUCUGAUGAUACAAUGAGUGUCUUGCAAUUUGUUGAGGAAUACUUUGAAAUCAGUCGAUUUCUUAUGCUUUCAAUCCCCGUAAUUUUGCUGAUUGUUACUUCUCUUGUUGGAAAGUUUUUAUCAGGAAAGUGGAGCAGGAGAGUUGAGGAUCCUAUAAGUUAUUGGCAAGGUACCAAACCACUCUACUCAGUAUGGAAAAUAUUACUGAGCUGUAUGCACAAUAUGAUAUCGGAAAAGCAAGUUAUGGAAGAUGAGAAAUCGGAAGAAGGAAUGAGUUUGGGACAUUCUGCAUCAAGACUCCAUCUUUCUUCCAUUAAUCAAAAAUCCGCAACAACUGUGAACUCUGGUCCUGUUGAGUUGAAACAGCUCAUCCAUGAAGAGAUCCAACCGGUAGUCAGAGCCAUACCAAAUUAUUUGAGUGAAAAUCGAAGCUUGCGUCAGUUUUUGUACCCAGAACCUGAGAAUGUGAGCAAAGAUGAACUUUUUGCAUGCAGCAGUUCAGUUAUUGAUCAGACUAGACAAAGCCAUUUGGUAUCUACUUCAGCGCAAAUCAGUGUACCAAGUUCGAUUUCAUAUCCAGAAUCUGACAUGAUGCAAGAAUCAGAGGUAGAGGAAAUUAAUCUUGAAAAAGUGACAUUAAAACCAAAAAUGAGUGAAAGUGACUUUACUGCUUCAACAGAAUCUAUCUAUAAGACAGAGUUUCAUGUAAAGCAUCAUUCAUUGUCUUCAAAUCUUCAACAUGAGCAUCCGUUUCUUUUCCCUUCUUGUGGUGUAAUAAAUCGACCCCAGUCCUUAGCCUCAGAUAUUGAUUCUGUUGAAGUUUUUGAAAAAACUGAUGAUCGUCCAAAUGUAAUCACUCAUCGUCCGUAUCCACCAGAUGAUCCAUUCAAAAAUAAUCUGUCCAAUGAGUACAAACCAUUUCAUUUCACACUUGCUCGUUUUAUACUUGCUGCUUCAAUAAUUAUCUUUGCCAUAUCAGUGACUAUUUAUAUAGUUUCCAAUACCACAAAUUGUUCUGAGAAAACAUCUGCUCAAGUUUCAGUUUUGUUAUUACUCAGCUUACUUAUGAAUAUCUGUUUAGUCAUUCCAAUAUGUGCUUGCAUUAUCGCUUUUAGUUUGUACCUAUUGAAUAAAUUGGGAAUUGGAUCUUGUUUUCGAAAUAGAUUAUGAAUUUUACCGAGUUAAUAGUUUGAUUUGUUUUCGCAUAUUAUAAUGCCACCUAUUGUGUUAUUUUUGUUUGUGUGCCAAAUUAUGGUUUCAAUCAGUUCUUAUCAAUGAAAAUACAUAUUAGCUGUUUUAGUAUGGAUGAA